AUGGAGUUCCGCCAGGAGGAGUUUCGGAAGCUGGCGGGUCGUGCCCUCGGGAGGCUGCACCGUCUUCUGGAGAAGCGGCAGGAAGGUGCAGAGACGCUGGAGCUGAGUGCUGAUGGGCGCCCGGUGACGACGCAGACCCGGGACCCGCCGCUCGUGGAUUGCACCUGCUUUGGUCUCCCUCGCCGCUACAUUAUCGCCAUCAUGAGCGGCCUGGGCUUCUGCAUCAGCUUCGGCAUCCGCUGCAACCUGGGCGUGGCCAUUGUCUCCAUGGUCAACAACAGCACGACCCACCGCGGGGGCCACGUGGUGGUGCAGCAAGCUCAGUUCAGCUGGGAUCCAGAGACUGUUGGCCUCAUACACGGCUCCUUUUUCUGGGGCUACAUUGUCACCCAGAUUCCUGGAGGAUUUAUUUGCCAAAAAUUCGCAGCCAACAGGGUUUUUGGCUUUGCUAUUGUGGCUACCUCCACUCUAAACAUGUUGAUCCCCUCGGCUGCCCGUGUCCACUAUGGCUGUGUCAUCUUCGUGAGGAUCCUGCAGGGGUUGGUAGAGGGGGUCACGUACCCCGCCUGCCACGGGAUCUGGAGCAAAUGGGCCCCGCCCUUAGAGCGGAGUCGCCUGGCAACAACAGCCUUUUGCGGUUCCUAUGCUGGGGCAGUGGUCGCGAUGCCUCUCGCCGGGGUCCUGGUGCAGUACUCAGGAUGGAGCUCUGUGUUCUACGUCUACGGCAGCUUCGGGAUAUUCUGGUACCUUUUCUGGCUGCUCGUCUCCUACGAGUCCCCGGCGCUGCACCCUAGCAUUUCCGAGGAGGAGCGCAAGUACAUCGAGGACGCCAUCGGCGAGAGCGCCAAACUCAUGAACCCCGUCACGAAGUUUAACACACCCUGGCGGCGCUUCUUCACGUCCAUGCCAGUUUACGCCAUUAUCGUGGCCAACUUCUGCCGCAGUUGGACGUUCUACUUGCUUCUUAUCUCCCAGCCCGCCUACUUCGAAGAAGUGUUCGGCUUCGAGAUCAGCAAGGUGGGCCUGGUGUCAGCGCUGCCUCACCUGGUCAUGACUAUCAUCGUGCCCAUUGGAGGCCAGAUCGCUGACUUCCUCAGGAGCCGCCGUAUCAUGUCCACCACCAACGUGCGCAAGUUGAUGAACUGUGGGGGCUUUGGCAUGGAAGCCACGCUGCUGCUGGUGGUCGGCUACUCGCACUCCAAGGGCGUGGCCAUCUCCUUCUUGGUCCUCGCAGUGGGCUUCAGCGGCUUCGCCAUCUCUGGCUUCAACGUGAACCACCUGGACAUCGCCCCGCGCUAUGCCAGCAUCCUCAUGGGCAUCUCCAACGGCGUAGGCACGUUGUCCGGCAUGGUGUGCCCCAUCAUCGUGGGUGCCAUGACUAAGCACAAGACUCGGGAGGAGUGGCAGUAUGUGUUCCUCAUUGCCUCCCUGGUGCACUAUGGAGGAGUUAUCUUCUAUGGGGUCUUCGCUUCCGGAGAGAAGCAGCCGUGGGCGGAGCCUGAGGAGAUGAGCGAAGAGAAAUGUGGCUUUGUUGGCCACGACCAGCUGGCUGGCAGUGACGAAAGUGAAAUGGAGGAUGAGGCUGAGCCCCCCGGGGCACCCCCUGCUCCCCCUCCCUCCUAUGGAGCUACACACAGCACAGUUCAACCCCCAAGACCCCCACCCCCUGUCCGGGACUACUGACCAUGUGCCUCCCACUGGAUGGCAGUUUCCAGGACCUCCAUUCCACACAUCUCUGGCCUGAGUGACAGUGUCAAGGAACCCCAGUCCUCUCUGUCCUGCCUCAGGCCUAAGAAGCACUCUCCCUUGUUCCCAGUGCUGUCAAAUCCUCUUCCCCUCCCAAUUGCCUCUCAGGGGUAGUGAAGCUGCAGACUGGCAGUUUCAAGGAUACCCAAAUUCCCCUAAAGGUUCCCUUCUCCACUUUUUCUGCCUCAGUGGUUUCAAAUCUCUCCUUUCAGGGCUUUAUUUGAAUGGACACUUCAAUCUCUCACUCUCUCUUGUGGUUUUGGGCACCUCCCCCUUUCCUUGAACCCCAGGGACUCUCAGGCUAAGCCCUGAGAUUACUCAGCCCCCGCUCCCCUUUCAGA